AUGUCGCCCGAGAAAAACACGACUUCGCCCGCAUCCAACCCCUCAUCCGUCCCGAAACUACGCAGCUGCGUCGUCUGUCGCGCCCGAAAAGUCCGAUGCGACAAGCUCUCGCCCUGUUCGAACUGCCGUCGCGCAAAUAUCGCCUGCGUCGUCCCAUCGGCCGAUCGUCCCCCGCGAUGGGCUCGUCGUCUCGAUGUCGCCAGCAAUGCGGCUUCACAUGAGGUCAUGGAGAGGGUGCGAACACUGGAGAACUUGGUCAAGCAGUUGAGGGGGCAGUUGGCAGAGGCGAAUGCUGCGGUCGUUCGGUCGGCGACUGGCGGUUCUGCUGUGAACUCUUCUGGCGGUUCGAUGCACGAUCACCAGGACUUAUCUCACCAGAAAUUGGAGGGCGAUGUUCAUGAUCAGUUCGGUAGACUGGUCCUGCAAGAUCCGGAUCGAAGUCGCUAUGUGAGCAGCGGGUUCUGGUCUCGCGUCAACGACGAGAUAGAUGGAUUGAAGAUAGACAACCGACCCCUUGGGUACGACGACUACGAUACCUCAGAAGACGAGUCUUCGCCAGGGAAAUCCCCGUCCACACAAGAACUCGAUCGCACGCCCUCCGACCGUCAUGCAUUCCUGUUUCGACACAAUAUAAGCCCUUCCACCCCGGACCUUCGCGAAUUCCAUCCUCUACCAUCUCAGAUCCCAUAUUUCCUGGAUGUCUUCUCGGAAAACAUCAAUUCCAUCAUCCGAAUCGUUCACGUUCCAACUGUUGCGAAGAUGAUUCGCGAUCUGCGCGGCAAACCAACAUCCAGCCUGACUCCCUCCAAUGAGGCCCUGAUGUUUGCGAUCUACUAUGCAGCCAUAACCUCCAUGGAGGACGAGGAGGUCACGGCCAAUUUCGGAGUCACCAAGGUCGACCUCAAUCUGAAGUAUCGCCUCGGACUAGAACAUGCUUUGGCCAAGGCAGAUUUCCUCAAUGUUCCCAACAUUGUACUCGUCCAGGCACUGGCCAUCUUUCUCUGCCUCGGUCGCCGUCACGAUAGCCCCCGAUCCGUCUGGAUGAUGACGGGACUCGCCAUCCGAAUGGCCCAGGCCCUUGGGUUGCACCGCGAUGGCGCUCGCUUCAAGCACUUGACGCCUUAUGAAAUCGAGAUGCGACGAAGAGCCUGGUGGGCCCUCUGUCUGAUUGACGUGAGAGCAUCCGAGGACCAGGGGACAGAUUAUACGAUCGCCUACGGCAGCUUCGAUACAAAGCUUCCUCUCAAUAUUAACGACGCCGAUUUUGCGCCGGAGACCGUCGAGAUGCCGCCGGCGCGCGAGGGUCUUACGGACAUGACCCUCCCACUUGUAUCGUACGAAACCUGCAACCUCACGAAAGAGAUGAUGACUCGCAGCGUCAAAGACGGUGCAUCAAGCAUGGAAGAACAGGGCCGGCUGCUCGGCGAGAUCUAUGAGAAGCUGGAUCGAGGAUACCUGCAAUACUCCGUGGAGUCGGACAAUAUUGGCUACUGGACGGCGAUUUUGAUCACUCGACUCGUCAUGGCGAAGAUGACUCUUCUGAUUUACCUUCCGAUUCUCUCUCCUGCCCCCGGUGAGCAGUGCUCUGAAACGACUCGCGCGAAGCUAUUCGUCGCAGCUAUCGAAAUCGCAGAGUACAACCAUGCGCUGAACGCCGAGCCAGCAUGUCGUCACUGGCGCUGGGUGUUUCAGACCUACACCCAUUGGUAUGCCAUCGUCUUUCUGCUACUAGAGAUCAACCGCCGGUCGUGGUCGCCGCUGGUCGAAAGGGCCUGGGUGGCACUUCAUAGUCAGUGGUUGAUUCCGGCUCAAUCGCACAUGGACAAGGACCUGCGCAUUUGGGUUCCUCUGCGGAAGCUCAUGGCCAAGGCGCGGAAACAUCGCGACGUCGAGAUCGUGCGUCUCAGAGGUGAUUCUCAGGGUGCCGACCGGCUGGAAAUCGAAGAUGACGAGCUGCCCAUCCCUGCAAGCUCUGGGCCGUUUCCUGAUGGCUCAGAUGUUGUUCGUCUUUUCCGUGAACGUUGGCGCCAGCUGUUCACGGCUGUAAGGGAGCCUGUAGAUCGCAUGCAAAUCCGUGAUGGGUCGGCAGAAAACAAUAGAGCCCCAGAUAAGACGAACUCCGCAGCAUUGUCGAAAUCCAGCUCCGUUGCGUAUGGCAUUCCUAGCGGUUCGGAGUCGAUUCCGAACUUCGACUCGGGCUAUCUUGGCUCCAGUUCGCUUCAAGAUCCGCAUCCGACAAAGAACGAGUAUUCGUUCAUACCGUCGGUCAAUCCUGACCUGAAUCCAUUGAAUCACAGCACAAUUCUGUCAGACUCUGUCGGGAUUGACAAUCCCAAUAACACCUCCUUCGGUCCUGGCUUUGUUCCCUGGUCGUGGAACGACGCGAGCUCAUUUCUCGAUAACUUGACGAGCGCGAGCGACGAUGCUCUCGAUGUUAAUAUGGACCUAGAUGGCGAGAUGAACUGGCUAGAUUGGCUUGAAUCCACCAAAGGGGUGGAAUGA